UUAGGCAUGGCAUCAAAAACUGCGAUGGUUAUACUUGCUGAAGGAGCCGAAGAAAUGGAAACUGUUAUUCCGGUUGACGUUUUGAGACGAGCUGGAAUUGAGGUUACCAUUGUUGGUCUUCUGGAUAAAAAUGCAGUAAAAUGUUCGAGGAAAGUGAUGAUUAUGCCUGAUAAAGCUUUGUUCGAAGUUGCGGAUAACAAAUUCGACGUUGUGAUUUUACCAGGUGGUAUGCAAGGAGCAAAUUCUCUUGCAGCAUCAGAUGAAGUGGGUACCAUACUUAGAGCUCAGUACGAAAGUGGCCGUUACAUAGCUGCGAUAUGUGCUGCACCGAUCGCUCUAAAAAGUCACGGUAUUGCUCCGGGAAUAUUGUUGACGUCACAUCCAAGUGUUAAACCGAAGCUUGUAGAAGGCGGAUAUAAAUAUUCUGAAGAUCGUGUGGUUACAACAGAUCAUAUAGUGACUAGCCGUGGCCCAGGAACUGCAUUAGAAUUUGCACUAAAACUAGUCGAAUUACUUGUUGGGACGGAAAAAGUGAAAGAAGUUGCAGUUCCAAUGAUUGUGAAGGAAUAAUUUCCAGGAUAAGUGAGAAGCUACAAGUGACGAAAUAUCCAGUUUUUUAUGCUUUCCUCAGCAGACUUUUAUUUUCAUUCUAACUUAUAUACUCUUAAUCGAUAGCCACUAACAGCUUAAAUAAGGGUGAAUGGAACGAAAUGGUUUUACGCUUAACUUUAUGAGCCACCCAUUUCUAUGUAUAAUUAUUUCGGUUUGCGUUGUCAGUGAUACACUGUGUAGAAUGACUCUAAAGUCUUAGUGGUUCAUUUUAACAUUGUUCAGUACGUGAGGUGCUUGGUGUUUGUUUGUGUUUUUUUCUUUCAUGAAUCCAUUUCAGGUAGGUAGGUUAUCAAUUUGAUGAAUGAAAUAUUUCAUAUUAUCGUGCCACUUCACUCGACAAUAUUAUUUCUUUUCCCAAUUUUCUUGCUUUGCUAAAAUUAGCAUGCAUGCUUGCGGAAUGGGAUGGAAGAGGAGG